AUGGCCCCGGCAACGGAAAUCUGCUUUCUACCCCUCAAGGAGGGGACUAAUCCCGAGGAUACUACCGGCGCUGUCGGCCAGAAGUUCAAGGAGUUCUUCAACACAAUUCUCGCCCAGGACGGCUGUCAACGACUGUAUUGGGGCCGACAAGUCGAGCACCCAUCCAUCUGUACCCUCUUCAUUGACUGGGAGAGCGUCGGACAUCAUGAAAAGUUCAUAGCCUCAGCCACAUACAAGCCAUUCACCGAGGAGCUCGGCACCUACCUGACCGGCCCGCCUCGUCUGUACCAUGUUCACUUUGAUCCUCAUCCGCCAGCUGUGGCUCUGGUUGAUGACGGUCCCAUUGCGACGGAGUUCAUUACCGUCUACUUCCCACCAGACUAUUCGGCAGAAGACGAAAAGACUUUCCGGGAAGUCAAUAUGAAGAAUCUUCUUGCUGCCGUCGCAGAAAAUGCAAAGGGCUUCAAAGAUUCGGCGAGCGGCUGGGUCGUAGAGGAGCUCGAUCUUCCUGACGGUUCUGGAAAGGCUAAAGUCUUUGUGGCCCUUGCUGGCUGGGAAAGCGUCCAGGCUCACCUCAACUUCAGAGAGACACAAUCGUUCAAGGAUAAUAUCCACUGGUUGAGGGGUGCGAAGGAUCUGAAGACUCUGGCAGUCUUCCACGUGCCUGCUCAAGAGGCACAUAAGUCAUGA